AUGUUGCGCGGUUUUUUCACGCUUCUAAUCUUUGUAGCCUUCACGGCUGCUACCGCUGUGAUCAACGCUUGCCCUAACCAAAAGUUCACUUUCCAUGCUCAAGUCGUGAACUUUCCACAAGCUACUAUCACCGUCACUGAUCCAUCUGACAAUGGCGACGGUACUUGGGAUGUGACAAUCAACUUCAACGCUGAUGCUACCAUGUCGUUGAAGUCGUUGUCCGAGUUGAAGAUCUUGAGUUUGUCCAAGACUUACUUCUUGUACUCUUACAACCUCAAGGUUGACAACAUCAACAACCCAGGCUCCUGGUCUCAGAGAGUGACUGUUACCCCAAGAUCUGUUGGCGAUUAUAAAACUUGUAUGCCACAAUUCACCAUCCAGUACGAUUGGUGUAGUGCUGGUGUUACUGACUGGAGCGAAUGUCAGAACUGGAAAUAUCAAGGUUCUUACGACUACAUCACUGGAUGUGACAACUUUGACCAAAGCACUGGAUUUUCACAAAAGGAUGCUCCAGACUACUGCUGGGAUGCCACCCUUCCACAAUCUUCUUCUGCAGUCAUUUCCUCUGCUGCUCCAUCAUCUAGUGCUCCAGUGGUUCCAAGUGCUCCUGCUACCCCUAAUACUCCAUCCAGUCCAAGUGACCCAAAUACCAUCAACGCUUGUCCAAACCAAAAGUUCACUUUCCAUGCUCAAGUGGUGAACUUCCCACAAGCUACUAUUACCGUCACUGAUCCAUCUGACAACGGCGACGGUACUUGGGAUGUGACAAUCAACUUUAAUGCUGUGGCUACCAUGUCUUUGAAGUCGUUGUCCGAAUUGAAGAUCUUGAGUUUGUCCAAGACUUACUUCUUGUACUCUUACAACCUCAAGGUUGACAACAUCAACAACCCAGGCUCCUGGUCUCAGAGAGUGACUGUUACCCCAAGAUCUGUUGGUAACUAUAAGACUUGUAUGCCACAAUUCACCAUCCAGUUCGAUUGGUGUAGUGCUGGUGUUACUGACCAGAGUGAAUGUCAGAACUGGAAGUAUCAAGGUUCUUACGACUACAUCACUGGAUGUGACAACUUUGACCAAAGCACUGGAUUUUCGCAAAAGGAUGCUCCAGACUACUGUUGGGAUGUUAAUGUACCAUCAUCAUCUUCAGCAAUUGUCUCCUCUUCUGCAGCUCCAAGCUCUUCUAGUGUUCCAGCUGCUCCAAGCUCUUCCAGUGUUCCAGUUGCUCCACAAUCUUCCAGUGCUCCAGCCGUUCCAUCUGCUCCUGCUACCCCAAAUACGCCAACUGACCCAGACACCAUCAACGCUUGUCCAAACCAAAAGUUUACUUUCCAUGCUCAAGUGGUCAACUUCCCACAAGCUACUAUCACCGUCACUGAUCCAUCUGACAACGGCGACGGUACUUGGGAUGUGACAAUCAACUUUAAUGCUGUGGCUACCAUGUCUUUGAAGUCGUUGUCCGAAUUGAAGAUCUUGAGUUUGUCCAAGACUUACUUCUUGUACUCUUACAACCUCAAGGUUGACAACAUCAACAACCCAGGCUCCUGGUCUCAGAGAGUGACUGUUACCCCAAGAUCUGUUGGUAACUAUAAGACUUGUAUGCCACAAUUCACCAUCCAGUACGAUUGGUGUAGUGCUGGUGUUACUGAUUGGAGUGAAUGUCAGAACUGGAAAUAUCAAGGUUCUUACGACUACAUCACUGGAUGUGACAACUUUGACCAAAGCACUGGAUUCUCACAAAAAGAUGCUCCAGAUUACUGUUGGAACGAGCCAAAGUCUUCUAGCUCUCAGUCCUCAGCGACUUACUUGACACCACAUAACUUCGACGUGACUUCCGGAGACUUUUCUGUUCCAGCUUCUUCCAGCGUGGUUUCUUCUCAGGCUUCCUCAAGCGUGGUUUCUUCUCAGGCAUCCUCGAGCGUGGUUUCUUCCAGCAGUUCGGAAGUCACCUCUGAAACCCCAAAUGACCCUCAAAAUAGACCACCACCACGUACUGUGGGCCCUGAAGUCAGCACAGUGACAUUUUCUUCUGACAGUGCAUCGUCAGCAAUUUCAUCUAGAACUGCACGUCUUUCUUCCUCAGCUGCUUCUUCUGGUUUGUCCUCUUCUGAGGUCUCAUCUUCUGAGGUCUCUUCGACAUUACCAUCAUCUGAUGCUUCCUCAACUGAGGCAAGUUCUGUGGUCUCUUCUGAUGCAUCGUCUGCGAUAACUUCUGAGUUCCACCCACACACGCUUGCACCAAAGUUUUCGUUGGUUUCCUCUUACGACUUUCCUCCACUGAGUGACUCUAUUUCUACGGAGUCGUCGUCUCAAGAGUCUUCUGUUGUAUCCUCUACUGAUGGAUCUUCAGUUGUGUCUUCCACCGAAGUUUCAAGUAAAGCCUCUUCUACUGAUGGGUCUUCAGCUAUUUCCUCUACUGAAGAAUCUUCCAAGGUCUCAUCUACUGACGUCUCUUCUUCCACUGAGGAAUCAUCCGUCGUUUCCUCUACUGAAGCUUCUUCUAAGGUUUCUUCCACUGAGGGAUCAUCCGUUGUAUCCUCUACCGAAGUCUCUUCUAAGGCCUCCUCCAAGAUCUCUUCCAGAGCUUCUUCCACUGAAGGAUCUUCUAAGGUCUCCUCUACUGAAGUUUCUUCCAAGGUUUCCUCUGCUGAAGUCUCGUCUACUGAAGUUUCUUCCAAGGUCUCGUCUACUGAAGGAUCAUCAGCUGUUUCCUCCACUGAAGGAUCAUCUGUCGUUUCUUCGGAUGUUUCUUCUAAGGUCUCGUCUACCGAGGUCUCGUCAAGGGCUUCUUCUAAGGUUUCGUCUAAGGUAUCUUCCACUGAAGAAUCUUCUAAGGUCUCCUCUACUGAAGUGUCUUCUAAGGUUUCUUCUACUGACGGUUCUUCUGUCGUGUCCUCCACCGAAGUUUCUUCUAAGGACUCCUCUUCAACAACCUCUGAGUUCCACCCACAUACACUUGCGCCCAAGUUUUCGUUGAUUUCCUCUUACGACUUUCCUCCACUGAGUGACUCCAUUUCUACAGAGUCGUCAUCUCAAGAAUCUUCAGUUGUAUCUUCUACUGAUGGAUCCUCAGUUGUAUCUUCCACUCACGGAUCUUCAAUUGUGUCGUCCACUGAAGUUUCUUCUAAGGUUUCUUCUACUGAGGGCUCGUCCGUCGUUUCCUCUACUGAAGCUUCUUCUAAGGUUUCUUCUACUGAAGUCUCUUCUAAGGCCUCCUCCAAGACCUCUUCUAGAGUUUCUUCUACUGAGGGAUCAUCCGUUGUGUCCUCUACCGAAGUUUCUUCUACGGCCUCCUCCUCAACAACCUCUGAGUUCCACCCACAUACACUUGCGCCCAAGUUUUCGUUGAUUUCCUCUUACGACUUUCCUCCACUGAGUGACUCCAUUUCUACAGAGUCGUCAUCUCAAGAAUCUUCUGUUGUAUCCUCUACUGAAGGAUCUUCUAAGGUCUCUUCGAAGGUUUCAUCCACUGACGGCUCAUCUGUUGUGUCCUCUACUGAAGGAUCUUCUAAGGUCUCUUCUACUGAGGCUUCUUCUAAGGCUUCUUCUACUGAAGGAUCUUCUAAGGUCUCUUCUACUGAGGCUUCUUCUAAGGCUUCUUCUACUGAAGGAUCUUCUAAGGUCUCUUCUACUGAGGCUUCUUCUAAGGUUUCGUCUACCAAGGCUUCUUCUAAGGUUUCCUCGUCUAAGGUUUCCUCUACCGAGGCUUCUGUUGUUUCUUCCACUGAGGGAUCUUCUAAGGUCUCUUCUACUGAAAGAUCUUCUAAAGUUUCUUCUACUGAUGCGUCUUCUGUCGUUUCUUCUACUGAUGGGUCUUCCGUGGUGGUAUCCUCUACUGAAACAUCGUCUGUGGCUUAUCCUACUGAUUCUUCGUCUGUUGUUUCAUCCACUGAAGCUUCUGCAACUACAUCGGAAUUCCACCCACAUACAAUUGCUCCAAAGUUCUCUUUGAUUACCUCCGAUGAGGUGUCUUCUACUGACGGAUCUUCUGUUGUUUCUUCUACUGAAGGAUCUUCUAAGGUCUCUUCUACUGAAGGAUCUUCUAAGGCUUCUUCUACUGAAGGAUCUUCUAAGGUCUCUUCUACUGAGGGAUCUUCUAAGGCUUCUUCUACUGAAGGAUCUUCUGUUGUUUCUUCUACUGAAGGAUCUUCUAAGGUCUCUUCUACUGAGGCUUCUUCUAAGGUUUCGUCUACUAAGGUUUCCUCUACCGAGGCUUCUGUUGUUUCUUCUACUGAAGGAUCUUCCAAGGUUUCCUCUACCGAGGCUUCUGUUGUUUCUUCUACUGAGGCUUCUUCUGUUGUUUCUUCUACCGAGGCUUCUUCCGUUGCUUCUUCUACUGAAGGAUCUUCUGUUGUUUCUUCUACUGAGGGAUCUUCUGUUGUUUCUUCUACUGAGGCUUCUUCCGUUGCUUCUUCUACUGAAGGAUCUUCUGUUGUUUCUUCUACUGAAGGAUCUUCUGUUGUUUCUUCUACUGAGGCUUCUUCUGUUGUUUCCUCUACUGAAGGAUCUUCUGUUGUUUCUUCUACUGAGGGAUCUUCUAAGGUUUCUUCUACUGAGGCUUCUUCCGUUGCUUCUUCUACUGAAGGAUCUUCUGUUGUUUCUUCUACUGAGGCUUCUUCCGUUGUUUCUUCUACUGAUGACUCUUCUAUUGUUUCGUCUACUGAAACUACAUCGACUUGGCCACAUACGAUUGCUCCAAAGUUUUCAUUGGUCACUUCUAGUGAACCUUCAACUGAACAGUCUUCUGUAGCCUCAUCCACAGAGACUUCUAACUCCUUCACUACCACCUUCCCAGUUGAUCCAAGAAUCCUCAUAGAGUCGAGUACCAGUAGUACUAUCUUCUCUUCAUCAGAAACACCAAUUUCUUCGUUUGCUCGUUAUACCAAUCUGAGUAUUGUUGUUUCUACUCCUCAGCCAUCUGAGCCGGCAUUCAGCUUGCCACCACCGGGACAACCCGUUGUACCAGCAUUUUCUUCUGGAUCUUCAUUUGAUGCUUCUUCUAGCACAAAUGUUGAUUCCUCAUCUGCAUCUCCUUCUGGAUCUUUCUCCACUGAUUCUUCUUCUGGAUCUUUGUUUGUUUCAUCUUCGGACUUGACUUCUUCAUCUACUUUCUCAUCUGCAUCUUCAACUAUUGCAUCUUCAGGACUGUCUCCUUCUCCAUCUGUUCCAGGCUAUUCUUCGACUGAUGGAUCUUCUUCUGGUGUUCCAUCUGGAUCUAUCCCAGCUGUUCCUUUUGGUGCUUCUUCGACUGACGGAUCGUCCUAUAGUGUCCCAUCUGGAUCAUCUCCAGCUGUUCCAUCCGGAUCUUCUUCGACUGACGGAUCGUCCUAUAGUGUCCCAUCUGGAUCAUCUCCAGCUGUUCCAUCCGGAUCUUCUUCGACUGACGGAUUUUCUUCUGUUGCCUCCGAGUCUUCGCCAGCUGAUCCUACUGGAUCUCAGUACGCAACAACUUCAGUACCAUCUGCUAGUGUCACUUCUGAUGUGUCUACGUCUGGUUUCACUUCCGAGCAACCUACUCCAUCUGCGCCAGGUACCACCACACUUACCAUCACGUCUUGUGACAAGUCUACUUGUACUACUUCUUACAAGACUACGGGUAUUACUGUGCGUACCACUACAAUCGGCUCAUUGGUUACCAAGUUCACUACUUAUUGUCCAUUGACUGGUGUCUCCUCCACUCCUUCGCCUUCUGAAGGUGUGCAGACUCCUACUACCGGAAGUCCAGAUGUUCCAUCUCCAUCUACUACGACUAUCACCGAAACUACUUGUGAUGAGACAUCCUGUACUACAUCCUACAAGACUACCGGUGUGACUGUCAUUACGACAACUGUUGGGUCAAUUGUCACUAAGUAUACCACUUACUGUCCAUUGACAGGCACUUCUCCUUCUGAGCCAUUGAACGGUGUCAGCACUGGAGUUCCACAUGUUCCAGCUCCUUCAACCACAACAAUUACUGAAGUUUCGUGCGAUGACACUACUUGUGCUACUGCCUACAAGACUACUGGCUUGACAGUUGUUACUACGACUAUCGGUUCAGUUGUCACUGAGUACACCACUUACUGUCCAUUGUCGGGAACUCAUUCUGAGGUGGUUGAAACUGUCAGCACUAUAGCUCCAACUGCAUCUGCUCCAUCAACAACCACAAUCACGGAAACGUCUUGUGACGAGAGCUCUUGCACUACUGCUUACAAGACCACCGGUGUUACAGUGAUUACUACCACCAUUAAUGAGAUGGUUACAGAGUACACUACUUAUUGCCCAUUGUCUGGACAAUCCACUGCGACUACACCAGUCGGAGAAACCUCUACUACCCCUGCUGGACUGAAGGAGACCACAAUCAGCUCGGUCUACCAUAGCGGACUGCCUGUUUCAACGGAGAGCGGCGUUGUUUCAUCGCCAUCUUCUAGUCCUUUAAUCACCAUUGCCUCCACUAGCGGAGGCGCUUCUAAUGUGCGUCUUUCUGUCGCCAGUCUUUUGGUUCUUUUGCCCCUCUUCAUCUAA